UUGGAAGUGUCUCCUCGAAUCCUCGUUACCUUUUGCUUAGGGAUUUGAUCUUAGAUUGUAGCUAUAGAUUUCACAUUUGCUACUAAGAUCUAAUUUGUGCUUGAUUAAACGGAAUAGUAACAUAUUUGUUGAUUGCGGUUCUUGAGAAAUUGCGAUUGAGUUAGGGCAAAAUGUUAAACCUAAGCGGUUGUGGGUUGUUUAGGAAUUGAUGGACUUGGGCAGAAUUGAGAGAUUGGAAUGUCCCAUCGUUUCUGAACAACCGUAGAGCAUGGCUAAUUUGGAAAUUGAUUUUGUUUUGCAGAUGCCUCCAAGAACAAGGAACCCUAAAGCACUCAAGGCCUCUCGUGGAGCAGCCACGCCUUCUCACUCCGCGAACGUCCCAUCCUCCUACCCAUGGCCGAACAAGGCUGAGGGUCAACCGAUCAACAUCAAUGACCCACUACUCCUUGACUACAAUUGUGAGGGGUGGGACAAGGAGUCCGCAGCAAGGUACAACAGGCUUCUCGCAGCAGAGAUCCUGCCCACACGAUUUGCUCACGCGGAGACCUUAGCUGUUCUUGGUCUCGAGUCUGAUGUGUUCGAGACGCUCGACGUCAUGGGCCUCGCUCCUCUCUGCUACCAAGCCCAAGUUCUCUAUCCAGAUUUGGUUCGCCAAGUGCUCGCAACAGCUCAGAUUACUUACCAGAACCCAACUGCGCCAACGUACGAGAACUGCUACUUCUCCUUCAUGGCUGACGGCAAGUUCUGCUCCAUCUCUCUCCACGAUCUAAACGAACUACUCGAGAUCGCAGACACGCCAAGAGAGGUCUCAGUUGACAAAAAGUUCGCGCCAGCGAACGCCUUUUGGGAUCUCAUUGCGACAGGGAAGUUCACUUCUCGCAAGGCUUAUCAAUCACAAAUCCGAAACCCCACUCUGCGUAUCAUUGCCAAGAUCGUCUCGAACAUCCUAUUCGCAAAGGAACACACCUCCAAGGUCACAAACGGAGAGCUGCAGGUUCUAUACACCGGGCUCGAGGAUGAGAUCCGUAGAGACAGAGUCAUACCGAUACAGACUGUGAAAACAAACCCUGGAUUCCUUCUCAUCACGAUGCUCUCUGAGCGCAAGGAUUCCAUGGUCCGAACAGAAGACAAGAAAGACCGCUGCGGCAGUGUUCUCACACCCUUGUUCAAACGCUUCAACAUCGACCUGGAUUCCUACACGGUUGUUCCUGAGCUUGAGUACAUUGACACCGCCUACUUGAUCACAUGCCACAUCCUGCGCGACGAAAGCACAUACAAGUUCGCGGACAAGGACGGGAUCACUCUCUACUGCAAGCUCCCUCUUCCAGGGUUAACAGACUUCACAACCUUGGAAAACAUAGUGUUCUUGCCCAACGCAGAACACUUGUGCGACGACCCCCGUGCGCCAAUUCCAGAUGAGAAUGCGGCCAAGGAUGAUGUGGAGGACAUGGCUCCACCUGCUGAUGGUGCUUACGACCUAGAGGACCUCACGGAUGUUACUGAUGACCACGCCUACAGACGUUGGAUGGUGGACUCUCAGAAGAAAAACAACAGCCUCAUGAAGAGGAUCCUCAGAGCACUCACUGGAGGCUGCAUCAGAAGUCAGGUUGAGCAGACGACGCAAGGAACAAGGCGCCCAGGCAAAGAACCAGCGGGCACUUCAACUAGAGAAGAGAGACUUCCGAGGAACCGGAGAACAGCCGGCCACUCCAGCAGCGGCGAUUCAGACUGAGUCCGAACGGACUAUUCCUAUUCCCUUGUUUUAUUCAUCUGAACUAUUUAUUUCCCUGCUAUUUGUUUUCGGUUUGGUGUGUUUUAGCCUCCUCCGAUUUAUUUUCACAACCAGGGAUGGUGUGAAGUAAGUCUGGGGGAGAAACUCUGUACGAUUUCCAUGUUUUUAUUGAGUCAGUCCCUAGGAUCGAGUCAGUCCAGUCAAACUUAUUGUGGUAAUCAGGACCUUAUUUUGUGAUGAUUUCUUAACCACCUCGUGCUUUAACCUUCUUAUUCAGUGACCUUAGCAGUGAUGAAAGACCCACACAUGGACCUGGAACACCCUGACUUAUCUCAUUUGACACUCCAGAAGUUCUCCACCGAUCAGGUUACACUGGGUAGACUCAACUCCACUAUAUCUGAACCUAAUCUGGACUUUAAUUCUUCUUGUUAUGGGUACUAGAUCAGGGAAACGAGACCUAUACUCAGGACUUCUUAUCCUUUAUAUCCAUCUUGCUGUUCCUGAGUAGCUAGUUCAUCUUUAGCUAGUUCCCACCUUGUACCUUAGCCUUCAUUCCAACUUCAGGCAUUUUUUUUCAGUGUUAUAUGUGCAGAUAUGUGCAAAAAGGUUGGAGAGGAAAGGAUCAACGCAGCCUCUUACUCGUUACUGCUGCAGAAAUUCAAUCAGAAAGGAGAACAAGCAGAUCAAGGGACCAAAUGCUCCAUGACAAAUGAAUCGUGCCAGUAUAGCAGAAUGAUGCGAAUCGGAUCCACCAGUGGCCUCCUUAAAAUCACAUGUUACCUCCUUCUUCGUCACCUCAUCUCUAUUUUCAUGCCAUCAAAGUAAAAAAAAAAAAAAAAAAAAAAAAAUAAAUAAA